ACUUCAUUGUGUUUAUAUGUGUGGAUAAAUUUUCCACUUUUAUUUUAAUCCCAAAUUAUGAUUUUUGAUACAUAUGCAUUAUUUGGGGAGGUUUCUGAAAGGGAUUUUUUGGGUUUGUUUUUUCAUGGGGCAGUUUUUGUUUUGAGAAAUGUGUUCUAUCUACCCUGAAGAUAGCACUUUUGGAUUGAGAUUAACCCUGUAUAGUUUUGUGCAAAUGAUGGACAGAAGACUCAUCUGGGAAAAAAAUGGUCUACUUUGUUCAGUUUGAACACAAGAUAUACUAUUCAGACAUAGGUGGUUACUCUUUGAUUGGAGGGUUCAAGUGCUCUUGGCCAUCUUGAAUUCUCUACUUGCAUUUGAAGAAUACAUCUUUUUUUUUCUUUAAUUGUAUUGCAUGACUGAAGAAAAACCAAGAUAAAUUUUUUAAGGGAAUGUCAAGAUUUUUUAUUAUUCUGAGUCUGACUUCAGAAAAGGAUUAAAAGUGGAAAAGGAGAAGAAAAGGAAAGCUGGAAAUAGAGAAACUUAUUCAUGAUGCUUUGCAAACUCUUGGUCCAUUUAAGAACUUCAUAAGGAGAAUCUUGCUAUUUGGAGCAUUUACCACUUUUAUAUAUAAUUCCAUGGAUUUUUUUCUACAUUAUUUGCAGCUUAACACUUCAGUUUAGCCUUUUUAAAAAAAAUGUACAUUUACAAAUUAUUUUCCUCUUACCUCUACAGAAACUAAUUUUUAAAAGGAAAGAUUUUGGUUGGAAGAGAAAUAAUUUAAUUUUUGACGAAACACAAGAGCAACUUAGAGGAUCUAACUAAAAGAAUGCUGAUGUUUGACCCUGUCCCUGUUAAGCAAGAGAUGGAUCCUGUCUCGGUGUCAUAUCCAUCUAAUUUCAUGGAACAUAUGAAGUCAAACAAGUACAGUGUCAUUUAUUCUGCACCGAACAUGUUACACAAUAAAUUCUAUCCGACCCCGGAAGGCCUUAGUUCUAAUGGAAUCCAGAUGGAACCAGUUGAUCUCACAGUGAACAAGCGAAGUUCCCCACCUUCAGCCGGAAGUUCACCUUCCCCACUGAAAUUUCAGACUUCUCAUAGGCGAGCCUCACCUGGACUAACUCUGCCUUCGCCUAGCCCACCUAUGAAAAAGUUCACACCGCCUCCACCUGGUGUACAGCCCUUCAGCGUGCCGUUGUCAAUCCCGCCAGUGAUGGCGGCUCUUUCUAGACACGGAAUUCGAAGCCCUGGAAUCCUUCCAGUUAUUCAGCCGGUUGUUGUGCAACCUGUUCCUUUCAUGUACGCAAGUCACCUUCAGCAGCCUCUGAUGGUUUCUACUGUUCUAGCAGAUGAAUUGGAAAAUACAAGUAGCAUGCAAGUACCUGUAAUUGAAUCAUAUGAGAAGCCUAUUUUACAGAAAAAAAUAAAAGUAGAGCCUGGGAUUGAACCACAGAGGACAGAUUAUUAUCCUGAAGAAAUGUCACCCCCCCUAAUGAACUCAGUAUCCCCUCCACAAGUUGCAAUGUUGCAAGAGAACCACCCUUCAGUCAUAGUACAGCCUGGAAAGAGACCUUUACCUGUGGAGUCUCCAGAUACGCAAAGAAAACGCAGGAUACACAGAUGCGAUUAUGAGGGAUGCAACAAAGUCUACACUAAGAGCUCUCACUUGAAAGCCCACAGAAGAACACAUACAGGAGAAAAACCCUACAAAUGCACGUGGGAGGGAUGUACGUGGAAGUUUGCUCGGUCUGAUGAACUAACAAGGCAUUUUCGAAAGCAUACUGGGAUCAAGCCUUUCCAAUGCCCGGACUGUGACCGAAGCUUCUCUCGCUCUGAUCACCUUGCUCUACAUAGGAAGCGCCACAUGCUAGUCUGAAUGCAUCCGGCUCCUGGAUCAACAACUCCCUUCUCUCCCACUUCUUGCCGUCUCCCUCCCUUUCUCUAACUCAUUUUUUUACACGUACAUUUUAAUUUUGAUUCAGCUGGUCUGAAUCACUGAGUUUAUACCAUUCAAAACUUCCAUAUGGUCAGUAAUAGAUGGUAUGUAACCCUCUUUUUUCCUUACCACGGGUCAGACCUAAAGAAUGUGAACACUUUUUUUUUUUUCCUGGGGAUGCUAAGCAAACCCUUCCUAUAGACAUGUUUAAUGUACUGCGAAUAAGGGAAUGUGUAAAUUAACAUAGCCAUUUGUUGGUUUCUCCAUGUAUUCAGUCAUCAUAUAUUGACAAACCAGUAAAUGUAUUAGAAAUUCAA